GUGGACAUGACAUAGAGUGAGACAGCUGAAGGCCACACACACUGAUAAAGGCCAGCAGUGGGGACGAAAGGAGUAUUUGGGGUGUGUGUCACGCUGUACAUCUCAAGAGACGGUACCAACAGUCACACUCUGACCAGCUCGGCACUAUAAACCAUUCUCUCUAGACGUCAUGGCAACCCAAGGAUGUGUAUUAGUGGCUGCUAUAUCACUGCUUCAGCUUCUCUCAACAGCAACAGAUGCUCAUGUGCCAUUGCAGAGGUCUGAGCCCAACAGGCUAUCCCUGAAGCCUGAAAAGGCUGCUGAUUCACAUCCCUUCCUGUGUGCCUCACUUGGCCCUUCACCAUCUCCUCCCUCCUCAGUUCACACCAUAAGACCUUCAGAUGUGGCACUGGUAUCUGCACUGGGGUUGUCUCACAGUCCGCAAGCAACCGGUGUUUUCAACAGGAUGGCUGAGAUUUUGUCCAUAUUCAAUCCUCAUCUGGCCACCCUGCUUCCAAACGGGCCUGCAUCAAAAAAUAGGAAUCUGCUCCAGCAAGCGGAGGAUUUGGUCUUGUCCCUUGGCAGUCGUGAGGCUGUGGAGGGAGAUCGGUCCUGGAGGCUACUGCUCGUGUUCGUCAGUGUGGAUGAACUCCAUGUCUGUCCAGGCCAGGAGGCUGCAGCUGUGUCCUCAGCCACAAAGGAAGUGGAGGACGUGCUGACCACCUUGGAGAGUCAGCUGCCCCGUACCCUGGUCCGUGUUGUGGUGUGGAGCGAACACAGUGAGGUCAUCCACUCCUGUGUGUCUGGAGGCAAGAGGAGAUCAGGCAGAAGCACCAUGGAUAAAGCCAUACUAACUGCGGCUCUGCAGGAGUCUUUGUCAGACCUUUUAGCUAAUCGUCGGUGGUUUGGUGAGAGAGAUGACUUCAGUGCUGUGCUGCUCUCCAGUCCCCUCAGCACUUAUCACACCACUGACCACAUUGCAGACCACUCUACUGACCACUCUACUGACCACACUACUGAUCAGCCCAUCCUGCAACUCUGGGCUGAGAUGCUGCAGCCAAUGAAGGAUCAGCCUGCAGUGGAUGUCGAUGGCAUCACAAGGAUUGCCUGUCCUAGGGAGGAGACGCCGUACCUGCGCACGCAACAGAACUCCCACUCAAAGGAAACAGACACAGGGUCUACACCUCAACUGGAUCCUGUUAAUGGCAGUGAGCUCCCUUGUGUGAACCGUACCCCUUCUGCUUCACCCCCUAGCUCAGUUCAUGCACUGCGUCCAGCUGAUAUUAAAGUGGUCGCAGCCUUGGGUGACUCUCUGACAGCAGCCAAUGGUGCGGGAUCUAAACCCAACAACCUCUUAGAUGUCAUCACUGAGUACAGAGGCCUGUCAUGGAGCAUUGGAGGCGAUUCCAACCUUACAAGCGUCACCACCAUCCCCAAUAUCUUGCGUGAGUUUAAUCCGUCACUGGUGGGCUUCUCUGUGGGGAAGGGGAGUGAGGACUCCCCUAAGGCUUUUCUCAACCAGGCUGUUCCUGGAGCCAAUGCCCAUGAUAUGCCAGAGCAGGCACGAGUACUCAUUCAAAAGAUGAAGAAUGACUCACGAAUAGAUUACCAGAAUGACUGGAAAGUGAUUACCCUGUUCAUCGGAGGCAAUGAUCUGUGUGACCACUGCUCCGACAGUGUGUAUUUCUCUGCUGCAAACAUCGUGGGUCGGAUCCAGGAGACUCUGGACAUCCUUCACAAAGAGGUGCCCCGUGCCCUGGUGAAUCUUGUCGAGGUGAUGUAUAUGGUGCCUUUGAGAGAACUGCACCUUGACUCAAGUGUAAAAUGCCCCACCUGGGUGCUCAAUAUCCUCUGCGGGUGUGUGGUGAAGCCCAAAGAGGGCACCCGGGAGCUGGAGAAACUUGUGGAUACCAACAGAGCCUAUCAGCGGGGUACGAGGGAGCUGGUGGACUCGGGUUAUUAUGACACACAUGACAAUUUCACAGUGGUGUUACAGCCCUUCUUUAGAGAGGUUGUGCUCCCCCUGCUGGAGGAUGGGCGGCCGGAUCGUUCCUUUUUCUCCCCAGACUGUUUUCAUCUCAGCCAGAAGGCUCACUCGCUGAUGGCCCGCGCUCUCUGGAACAACAUGCUGGAGCCUGUGGGGAAUAAGACAUCCACGUAUGAUUUCUCAGCAGGUCUGUCUCUGCAGUGCCCAUCUGAGAGCUCCCCCUACUUGCGGACGUACAGAAACAGCAACCACACAUACUCAGGACCUGUGCCUACUCCACCCCCAGUCACAAACUGGGGCAGUGACUUCUCCUGUGAAGACACCACUCCCUCCCCCACCAUCCCUACAUCAGUUCACAGACUACGGCCUGGAGACAUCAGGGUGGUGGCCUCAUUGGGAGACUCAAUCACUGCAGGCUUUGGAGCAAAAGCUAGAAACCUACUGCAGCUGACGAACGAGGAGAGAGGAGUGUCAUGGUGCAUCGGAGGAGACCAGAGCCUGGACACAGUCACCACUUUACCAAAUAUUCUUAGACAGUUCAACCCAAAUGUCUAUGGUUUCUCAAAGGGACGGAGCAAAAGGCCUAAUGGCUUUAACAUGGCAGUUAGCGGAGCUAAAGCAGGGGGGAUCCCAGGACAAGUGAGAGAUCUGAUUCUGGCAUGGAAGAGUGACAGUAAAGUAGACUGGGCGAACGACUGGAAGCUUGUGACACUGCUCAUCGGAGGAAAUGACCUGUGUCAGUACUGUCGCGACAGGGAUGCACUGUCCACGCAGAACUACACACGUUACUUGAGGGAGAGUUUUGACAUGCUCUACAAUGAGGUGCCUAGAGUACUGGUAAAUGUAGCAGAGGUUUUGGAAAUUGAAGACUUACGUAAAGUCAAGCGGGAGACGGUGGGCUGCCAAUUUCUACAGCCAAAUCUGUGCCCGUGUUUCUUGAAGUCUGGAGAGAAUUCUCUUGAGCUUUAUGAAAUGAAGAGGAUCAACAGAGAUUUCCAGGUAGAGACAGCGGCUCUGGUCAAUGGGGGACGCUAUGAUGGAAGGGAAGACUUCGCCGUGGUCAUCCAGCCCUUCUUCCAGAACUCUAUGCUGCCUAUAAACAAGCUUGGCCUACCAGAUGUGGAUUAUUUCUCCGUGGACUGUUUCCACUUCAGUGAGCGAGGACACGCAGACAUGGCCUUAGCACUGUGGAACAACAUGCUGGAACCAGUAGGCAGCAAGCAAAACUACAACAACUUCACACAUGACCGCAGCAAGAUCCAGUGUCCCACAAAGGAUCAUCCCUUCAUCUUCACCCGUGUGAACAGUGCCCCUGUUGUACCCACGACCCCUCCUGUCCUCACUACCCCCCAUGUUCAUGCCACCCCCACGCCCGUGAAGUGCUCAGACACAUUGCCUGUGUGGGCCACUGCAGUACUGGCUGUAACGGGCCUGGUGAUUGGCUGGGCGGUAACCUGGACGAUCCUCUCCUGGCGUGAGCGCAAGAGUAGGAAGAAGAUGCCAAUGUCUGUUGAAAUGAAGGCCACGACGUUCUGAUGCAGAAUAAUCAUCGUCAUCAUUGUCAUCGUCAAUAUCAUCAUCAUCAUCACUAGAAUCACCUGACACACACAUAUGUC